GAUCAUCUUCUCCACUUGCAUAACACACGUAACAGUCAGUGGGUUAAAGUGCCACCAACUGACCAACGGGUCCGUACCUUUUAGCCUAGCGGUUAGCUAGUGCGUUGCGUUGCGUUCGUGAGCCGGCGGGUUCCAAUCCCAGGAGCCAGGAGACUGUACUACUCGCCUCUUGUGCUUCAGUGGUACACAGGUUAUUCCACGUUUACAAUGUUUUAUAUAAUAAAAUAAUCCUAUUACCGCAUUUUCCCUCUAUCUACUUAUUUAUUUCAUUUCUGUAUUCUUUUACCAGGGUACGCUCCCAUCAGUGACUAGCACUGCUUGUCAGGAAGGCACAGGUACACAUACGAAUAACACAUACAUACAACACAAUACAAUAUUUACAGAGUACAACAUAUCGUCAAGCACAAAAAUGUACUACGUAAAUGAAGCCCUGCUUCGCAUUACCCCAUUUGCCGUGUACACCUCCUCAUGUGCGGUGCAUUAGGAUUGCGUAUGUGAUCUAAUCCUGAGAAAAUAGUGCUGAAAUGUCCCACGGUGAAGUAGAUUAAUCUCCAAGCAGAUUCUAUGGUAGCCUAAGAUAGUACAUGUAUCAAAAGCUGGCAGAGGAGUGAAGCCGACUUAGUAGUGUGUAUGUAGCUUUCCUGUUUUACGUUAUAUUUUUGUAUGGUGGGACGUGUGUUUCGCAUCACGUGAUUGGCAGUGUGUUCCUUAACGUGUACUACACACAACUGCGCACCAUGGACAGGGUCUACAACAUUAUAAUGGACAGGAUGAAUGGUUCGGAAUCUAUAGUCGCCUACACCGCCGUGUCAGCCGGCGUCCUGAGCUGUUAUGUCGGUCUCAAAGUCUACCGCAGACAACAGGUAAAGAAGAAAGCCUUAAAGAAGAGAGAAGAAAGCCGGAAAGCCAUGCAAGACCUUCAGAGAUCUGUACUGGCGGUUGACAAUGGGCCAACAGCAGCCAGAAGGAAAGAGAUCCUGUCCCUGACCUUGACCCAGCUGACCCAGCAGCUGAGAGACGGACAGCUGUCAGCUGUACAGGUGCUGCAGGCGUUUCAGGAGAAGGCGACUGCAGUGAAUGAAGAGCUGAACUGUCUGACAGAGCCCAUUCCAGAUGCUUUGGUUUGAGAAUAUAAUUAUUUUGUAACCAUGGUUACAAUUAGGUUGCAUGUGUGAAUUGUUUGAUUCAUAGCCCUGCUUCUUUCUUCUAUUUAAGCUGAACUAAAAUGAUAUUUUAUAAGGGGUGAUGCCAAAAGAUUUUCUUAGUAUCCAAUUAAUAAAGAGAAUAUAGGU